AUGUUUUUUCUUAUCAUAUUAUUAUCUUUUUUUUUAAGUAAUUUUAAUUUUUUUUUAACUUUACAGACAGAAAGUAUCGUUCUUUUUUUUAGCUUUUUUUCUAUGUUUUUUUAUUACUUAACUAGUAAUAGAUUGGAUUCUUUAUUUAAUGUAGAGGAAGAAGAAAUUUCUUUUAUUAAUGAACUAGAUUGGUAUAUAGCUAUUUAUUUUUUUAUAAAAAUAAAAAAUUGGUAUCGUUUUUUUUAUAGGUAUAUCUAUAUCAAAUUAAAUAGUUUUUAUAAAUUUCUAAUAGUUUUAAAAAAUUAUGUAAUGUAUUGGUUUUCAUCUAUUUAUAAUUUGUUAAUAAUACAUUUUAAUAAUUUAAAUAGUUCAUUUGUUUUACAUAGAUUAAAUAGUUUAGAAAAGAGUAAAAAAACAUUUAAAUAUAAAAAUAAUCCGUUUGUUUUUCUUUCUCUAUAA